UACAUUUAAAAAAAAAAUAUAGUUUCUUAAAGAAAAAUGGAAGAAAAUAAAAUAAAAAAAAUCUUCACCAAAUAUAUGCCAGAAAUUUAAUUUGUAAAAAAAAGUUGAUCAAUCCAAGAAAGAAAAAAUAAAAACUUCUCCAAAUCUGCACCUCCUCUCAUCUUCAAUCUCCAUUAUUAAUUAAACCUAAAAAUCUAUCUAUCUAAAAGUUGUGUCUCCGUCUCUCCGUUUGGUGCUUCACAGCUACAAAAAGUUUUAACCUUUUUAAAUCGGCCGUACUUGGAAGAAGCUAUUUCGAUCUGAAAGUUUCAGUUUUUCUGGAUCGAUUCCAUCGUCACCGAUCCUCGUUCCUUUUUGAAGCUUGUUCAUCUGGUGAAGUUCACUGAAAAGAAAAAGAUUGUUUUUUACUCUUUGUAUGGAGUAAGAAUGCCGGAGUUAAGAAGUGGAGCACGUAGAUUGAGACAACCAAACCCUCAGGUGAUUAAUCAGACUGAGAAUAUUGAGCUUCCUCCUCAAGCUGCAACAAGGAGAAGAGGUGGUGGUGGUGGUAGAGGAAGAGGAAACGCUGCCAAAGCUGCUGCACCUCCAAGACCAACUGGUAGGGGUAGAGGAGGUAUCAGGUUAAUAGAUUUAGAGGCAGAGCCUUGUGAGGUUCGUCCAGUAAUAGGUGAACCGGUAGCUGAUAAAGGUAUUGCUAUGGAAGGUGGUAGUCCAGAUAAGGCAGUUGGUGUGGAAGAAGAUCCUAGCUCAGCUCCUGUCCCCGAAAGGGUACAAGUUGGAACCUCCCCUGUUUAUAAGACUGAGAGGAAGCUCGGUAAAGGAGGUUUUGGUCAAGUUUUUGUUGGUAGAAGAGUGAGUGGUGGCAGUGAUAGGAUUGGUGCAGAUGCAAUUGAGGUGGCUCUGAAAUUUGAGCACCGAAAUAGCAAAGGAUGCAAUUUUGGCCCACCUUAUGAGUGGCAAGUGUACAAUACUCUCAACGGUUGCUAUGGAGUUCCUGCGGUACAUCAUAAGGGUCGUCAAGGAGAUUUUUACAUUCUUGUCAUGGACAUGCUUGGCCCCAGCCUCUGGGAUGUUUGGAACUCUUCGGGGCAAUCGAUGUCUCCAAGCAUGGUAGCGUGCAUUGCUGUUGAGUCCAUAUCUAUUCUUGAGAAAUUUCAUAUGAAAGGGUUUGUCCAUGGAGAUGUGAAGCCUGAAAACUUUUUACUCGGCCAACCCGGAACAGCAGAUGAGAAAAAACUCUACCUUGUCGAUCUUGGUCUAGCGUCAAAAUGGAAGGAUUCGAACUCCGGCCAUCAUGUUGAAUAUGAUCAAAGACCUGAUGUGUUCAGGGGAACAAUAAGGUAUGCAAGUGUAAAUGCACAUCUAGGUCGUACUGGAAGUCGAAGAGAUGAUCUAGAGUCAUUGGCUUAUACUUUAAUUUUUCUCCUGAAGGGAAGAUUGCCAUGGCAAGGUUACCAGGGUGAUAACAAGAGCUUUCUUGUUUCCAAGAAAAAGAUGUCAACCUCUCCUGAACUGAUGUGCUGUUUCUGUCCACCACCGUUUAAGCUAUUCCUCGAGGCAGUUACUAAUAUGAAGUUUGACGAGGAGCCUAACUACGCCAAGCUUGUUUCGAUUUUUGAUACUAUAAUUGAGCCAUGUGCUUUAUCUAGACCUCUUAGAAUUGAUGGGGCUCUUAAGGUUGGGCAAAAACGAGGAAGAUUGCUUCUUAACUUGGAAGAGGAUGAGCAGCCAAAGAAGAAAAUCAGAUUAGGCAGUCCUGCUACUCAGUGGAUUUCAGUCUAUAACUCUCGUCGUCCCAUGAAACAGAGAUAUCACUACAAUGUUGGGGACACGAGGCUAGACCAGCAUGUACAGAAGGGUAAUGAAGAUAGCCUUUUGAUUAGCUGUGUAGCAUCAUCAGCUAAUCUCUGGGCCCUCAUCAUGGAUGCUGGAACUGGAUUCAGUUCCCAAGUCUAUCAAUUGUCAUCGGUCUUCCUUCACAAGGAGUGGAUUAUGGAACAGUGGGACAAGAACUACUAUAUAACUUCGAUAGCUGGUUCAGAUAACGGGAGCUCGUUAGUUGUUAUGUCAAAAGGAACUCCUUAUUCUCAGCAGUCAUACAAAGUCAGUGACUCAUUUCCAUACAAGUGGAUAAAUAAGAAAUGGAAAGAAGAUUUUCAUGUAACAUCUAUGACAACUGCUGGUAAUCGUUGGGGUGUGAUAAUGUCCAGGAACUCUGGCUACUCUGACCAGGUGGUGGAGCUUGAUUUUUUGUACCCAAGCGAUGGAAUACAUAGGAGGUGGGAGAGUGGGUAUAGAAUAACAUCAAUGGCAGCAACUGCAGAUCAAGCAGCUUUCAUAUUAAGCAUACCAAAGCGUAAACUGAAUGAUGAAACUCAGGAGACUCUUCGGACUACUGCCUUUCCGAGUACUCAUGUCAAGGACAAGUGGGCAAAAAAUCUGUACAUUGCAUCAAUAUGCUAUGGCAGGACAGUGUGCUGA